GCCUGCAGGCAGCCAGGAGCCAGCCAUCCUCUACCUUUGUGUUCCCAUGGCAUUGCCAUUGCACGCCCUGUUGGUUUCAUUGCUGCUGCUAAUUAUUACAGUGUCGGAUGAUGCCCAUGCGGCUGUUGUACGACAUGGGCAUCAUCGUUGGCACAAGCGGCAUGCAGUACGAGGACGAGGGAGACACAUUAAUUUGCGGAAGCACCAUAGGCCCAAGUUCAAGCCUGGCCCGUGGCAGCACGCUCGUGCAACCUUCUACGAAGGCGGCUCGGGAUCAUUUGGGGGAGCUUGUGGCUACGAAGACGUGGUAAACCAAGGGUAUGGCAUGGACACAGCAGCAAUAAGCUCAGUGUUGUUCAACAACGGGCAGAGUUGCGGUGCCUGCUACGAAAUCAAAUGUGUGAAUGACCCUCAAUGGUGCAAGUCAGGGCAGCCAUCUCUCUUUGUUACCGCCACCAACCACUGCCCUCCAAACUACAAUCUAGCUGGUGACAAUGGGGGAUGGUGUAACCCACCCAACCCCCAUUUCGAUAUUGCACAGCCUGUGUUCGCCAAAAUUGCCGAGUACAAGGCUGGCGUUGUUCCAGUCCAAUACCGCAGGGUUCCAUGCUACAAGAAAGGAGGAAUUCGAUUCACCAUAACAGGGAAUCCUUAUUUCAACCUAGUGGCAGUAUGGAAUGUUGGGGGAGCUGGAGAUGUGAUAGGCUUGCAAGUGAAGGGUCAUCGGAAGCUGAAAUGGACAGCAAUGAAGCGAAACUGGGGUCAGAAGUGGGAAACCAAUGCAAUGAUGGCAGGGGAGUCGUUGACCUUCAGGGUUAGAGCAAGUGAUGGGAGAUACUCAACCUCAUGGCACAUUGCCCCCAAGAAUUGGCAAUUUGGUCAGACUUUCGAGGGCAAGAACUUCAAGUAGAAUACGUUAAAGCUCAUCAUCAGCAGUUUUUCUUGUUUGAUCACUUCUCCUUCUUGCUUGCUUAAAGUUUGCUGCGUCAACUCUUAAUUAAAUGAUUAAAUUUAUUUUUAUCUAUUUGUUUAAA